GGCAUUUCGAAUUUGAAGUGCAUUCGCCUUCAGUGGAAAUGGAGGGUGCGGCGGGUACCCCGUGCAUCGAUGGGUCGGAAGAAGUCUCUGAGAAGGAAUGGGAAGAUGAUGAAACCGGACGUCAUUCCAGUGGAACUGGAACCUGCUUCACAACCAGCAGCCACACUGGAGGAAACGGGGCGAGAGCUGACGAGGCACUUGACGGUCGAGUUGACAUGGGAUGCAGGGAACUCAAACGGCGACCUCGAUUGAAAAGAAUGAAACUGCAGUUCUACAAAACCAAAAUGUGCCCGUGGAUGGCGCAGGGUAGAUGUCUACGCGGGUUGAGUUGCCAGUACGCACAUUCGGAAUGCGAGUUGAGUCCGCUGCCGAACCUGUUGAAGACCCGCAUGUGCGAAAUGCUCACGCUUACGGGAAGCUGCCCACGACUUGCAAGCGAAUGCAAGUUUGCCCACACAGCCGAAGAACUUCGAUCUACUGAAUUUUUCGCUCGGAGCAAGAUGUGUCCACUGUUCCUUUCCGGCCGGUGCACGGCGAAUGAGAAGUGCCGGUAUGCUCAUAGUGCGCAGGAGUUACGGAAGGCAUCUGUGGCGUCGGCGCUGUUCUUGCAGAAGCACCCCUCCCGGCAACUUCAGACAAAUACGGGCGUUGUUGGGAAGGGAAUGGGAAAUCUGGUGUGCGUUACCGGCACGCACGACACGAUGCUGGUGAAGAAAAAAGAAGAAAAUGUCAGUGAGUCGGGGGUCAGCGUACCUCCGAGCAGCUCGACGUCAGCAAGAGACUUUUUGUCGGGAGACGCACAUCCGAAGCUGACACUUCGAUAUUCGUCCGGUAAACAAGAGAUACCACCGCCACGUUUUUCUCGCCGGCCAUACAAUGGUGUGCCGCUGCAGCGGCGUCUCAUGCCCUCGGUGUUUCUGUGUGCGUCUUCGGGUGGGGAUUCCUUGCGACGGCUUUCGUGCUCAGAGCUCGGUGGCGGUUCUCAAUCGCUGCCUGCAAGUCCCAAAGAGUGCGCCACUCAGGGUACGCCGGGAUCGAUGUCCGGAGGUGGAGGACAAGUUCACGGAGUCGCUCGUUUCUAUCCCGUCCCGCAACCGCCCCCGCCUGAGCUCCGGGUUGCGUUGUUUCAGACGGCGACUGGAUCCGGUUCUUCCCCAUCGAAGAAGUGUGACCAGAAGCCACAGGUGAAUUCGGGGGUUCACAGCCAAGAAGACGGAGCGCGUUCGCAUAUUGGAGAUCGUCUGCCCAAGUAUCAGGACCGAAGGGGGCGCAAAGGGUCCGUAUGGUCUCUGUCAGGUAGAGGUACAUCUUGCAGUAGUUCGCGAACAAGUGUCUCGUCAUUGGGUUUAUCCAAAGAAGGUUUCAGAAGCCAGAUGGAGACCUUGGCGCCGCAUGCGGAAGGUCACGGAUACCAGCGACGCACGUGGGACAGGCAAGACGGACCAUCGAAGAUCUCGGAAGUGGCGAUGCCUGUAAGAAGCGAGGGGUCGUUCAGUGAAACGAGCGCAGACACUGCUGGCUCGGAGCUGCAGUCGGACAUGACAGUGGAUGCCCUGGGAACAAAGAACGGAAGUGCAGGUUCGCAGGCAGGAAGCGACGAGAGGCAGGAGGAGCAGGCGCCUUCGCCUGCGUCGAGCUGGGCAACCAGGUUACCAGCCUCAGAGGGACGGAACUUCGAAUCUACAGACCUUCUGGCAUGUGCGUCGCAUACAACCGGACUAAAAAGCGAAAUGCCUCGGAGCGAAGGGGAGGCCCUUCCAGGGUCGACGAAAUCGAACCAGGAGCAGGAUUCAGCUAGCAGUCGGCAGGAAGACGAGCGAGCGCACCAAACAGCCCUUGCGGAUGGGGUGACAUCGCAACGGCAGUGGCGUUCUUUCAGUGCUCGCAGUCGGAAUAGGGGUGCCAGUACGCCAUCCUCGCAACUUCCAUGGCUGGCGCAAGAAAAGUCUCGACGACCUCAUGGGUUGAAUAGCGAAGGACGUGCUCCCGUGGCGCCGAUUCGACGACCAGCGCAGGGCGAACACACAGGUCCCUGUAGACCUACAGCAGGUUUCCCCACCCAUGGGACGAAACGGAAUUCGAGCAGUUCGCGCAUUGCAGCCGGCGCCAAUGCACAGAACAACGUGCGGCAGCUUCAUCAACGCUCCGUUCUCAGCGCUUUCGUGCGGCCGGUCUUCUCGAGCCUCGCCGAGCUUCCAGCGCGGCAGGGGCCGGCUUGGAACUUCGUCCACACCGGAGGGUAUGCAGCGGCUUCCACACCCACCACGUGGCCGUUUUCAUACGAGGGCAUUCCGAGCACGCAGCUUUAUCCGUGCGAACAGAGCGUGCCGUCUUUCCCGUAUGUGCCUGACAGCCGGCUGGCGUCUCCGGACUCGUGCAUGUCUCGGACAAGUUUCAGCCCACAAAGCAGCGGCAGCACAGUUGCCACGCCGCACGGAAUGCCGUCAGCACCGUACCCCUCUGCGGGUGGAUCUCUUUUGAUGACAUGUCAAAACCGCGUGGGCAAUGGCGAGGUGGCGGAGCAACGGCUGGCACAACCAUCUGUGCAGACAGAGUCCACUUUACGCCCAGCAAGUCGAGUGAUACUCUACGGCUCUCCAGUAGACCAAGCUGCAUGCUACGCGGGAAACUGUGGAGUGGAAGCAGCGUUCAGCGCCGAGAUCGACAGGCAACGGCAGCUGCUGUUUUUGCCCCAAUCGACUCUCGGGCAGUCAAUGCAGCCUUUGCAUCCAGAAGUACUUCUUCCGAAGCUGUCAGCAGAGGUUCUGAAGGCCUCAGAACCCGAUCGGUACGAAGACUAGCAAGCUAGGGAACGGCCGCGGCGGCUAGGAGCCGGCCAUACACCCAGGAGCUGCUUCUGAAACUUUAGGGACCUUAGAUCCUUGGCAUGUCUGUCACGUUGGUGACACGACAGUGUGUAUUUGAUGCGCUCGGGACUGAACCACGAAGCGCAUGCAAUCUGAUGUGUUGAGAGGUGCUAUGAGAAAGCGUCGAAACCCGUGAAACAGGAAACGUGGAAAAGGUAUGCGCCCUUUGGCGAUGUUGCCGAAAUCCGAUUUUUUACGUUGCGCCCACUCGGGUUUGCAAUCCUGCAGGCCAGGGGAACCGUGAAUGCUUCGUACAAGCGAUCUGGAUACCCUGAAACACGAAGAAUAAAGUUGGAGUGAUGUGUUAUGAAUCGUACAAACUGUGACUGCCUUAGGAUCGUAAUGACUGUGUUCCACCUCAUGCGUCAGGGCCCACCGACUGAGACCGUCUGACAACCGUUCCUACGC